UGUUGACCCGAUUUGUUCCGGACCCCCCGAUUACGCUCCGAUACGAUAAGAUCCAUUAUACCCACCUUGGAUCGGAUCAGAUUGUUGAAAUUAGGUGAAACAAUGGCAGAAUCGCUCAUUGAUUUGAAUGAACUUCUCAUCGCCAGAAAGGUUUCUCUGACAACUGAAGAAAGUAAACUACUAAAUUCAUGGAAGCAAUCUGCUGUAAGAGAUUUUGGCAUUGGUGCAGCUGGUGCUUCCCUUGCCACUUGGUUAGUUACUCGAAGGCUGCAUAACUUAUUCCGCAUCAACCUUGCAGUAGGUGCUGGUUGGUUCUUCGGCAAGUGGAGAUUUGCCAAGUCUUUGGAUUCAGGUGUUGAACUUAUUCUCUCUCAGCAUGGAACUCGUCUGCAAAAGGAGUUGGGGGAAAUAAUGUUGAAGAAGUACCAGCAUAAUCCGCCUGUAUUGCAGUUUGUCUCCAAAUACUUUUACUCUGAAAAUGUUUAUGAUGAUGAUUCAACAGACCAGCCAAAACCGAGGUGGCGUUUCCGAAGUACCUAUGGGGAAAGUUUUUCUUCUCAUGAGGUAGAAGGUGAUGACUCUUCCAAUAAGAAAUCCCAUUUGGAGAAUACUGAUCUGAGGAAAACUAAUCUUGAGAGAGAACAAAUUAUUAUGAAUGGUGUUGGUGUUGGUGCUGCUCUAGAUUCAACCGAAGACCCAUUUGAUUGCAUUCUUGGACAUCAAGUGAACACCGAAGAGAUUCACCACCCUGAUGCCUCUAGCCAAUUGCCUAGAAGGCGUAAUCAUAGCCACAGACGGUCUCAUAGCAGGCGUCGGAUGCAUCGCCACGAGAACAUGGAAGGUUGAGCUUUUAAUUGGCCGACCUUAUGCAAGAUUGAACUAAUCUGUCCCUGGUGAUCAAUCUUGCAUGCCCUGUUAAAUAAUCUGUAUUACAUUGAAACUGACAUUACCUAAGAGCUGGGGUUGUAUAUAGGCUCAGUGGCUUUUGUGAUCAUAAACUUACUUAUGGAAUGGGGUAGGAUGUUUUCACGUCUUACUGUAGUGCCCGGUUUGUCUUGAUAGCAAUUAUUUAUGGAUUAAUUUAAAGGGUAGCUAGCAUAAAUUAUAAUAUAGGAUGAAAUGCAAUAUCCACAGAAUUGACAACCAGCCUUUUAUAUCCACUGUAAUGAAAAAAAUUCUCUUGUUAAAUUUCUCUUUUCAUUGUA